GCGAAAAUUGAAAAAUUAUUUAUAUGCAUUUUUUGUAUUGGGUGCCGUCAAACCCUCGACGUCUGGUGCAGUCCACUCGAAACUGAGGCAUUGACGGCCUUGACGAUGCCUAAGUCUUUGACGAUUCCUAGACGCAGACGCCCUUCACCAUGCCAUAGUUGUGCCUGCAUUGCAUUAAUAUAUAGUGUCGACCGGCCAUCGCCGUCUACGGAAACGAGGGCCCGCCUUCUGCGGCGGUUUCAAAUCGGAUCACGGCUGGUCGCUGCGCCUCCCGCAGUCGCGACAUGAUCUUGGAGAGGCUGAUGCCGCACAAACUCUGGCCAUUCACCGACACAAUCGCAACGCCGUUCGUGAUCUGCUUGUACUUUUUCGACUCGGUUCCGUCAAAGCACUCCUUCACGAUCGCACAUUUCUUGACGGCGUCGUACCCGAGUUUCAUGCCCAUUGACUGCUGCUGAAACACGACGUCAAACCCGCUCUCGCUGUUCCACUUGACGCCACCAGGCUGGGGGUGGGCUUCGUUGUUGUCGUCAGCGGACCCCAGUGAGCUCCGUUGGUCAAAGUCCAGAUCAUCUUCAGGGGCUGCGUGGGGCGAAUUGAGUAAGCUGCUGCUUUCGCUGCGUUGACUGCGUGCUUCUGUGUAGGUGGUCGCAGGUACGUCGAUGCGAUAUUGCCUUUGUUGUGCAGAGGCACUAUUUGGAGGGGUCGUGGGGAUGUCAAACGCACCAACGACGCGCGAAAUGAUUCGGGGAUGCAGGAUCGGCGAGGAUGGCGAGACCGCUGGUUUCAACGUCGGACUAGUCACGUGGCGCUUCGACUCGGCCGAGCUAUUGGAAACAUUUCGUUGGGUGUUGGUUUGGCUCGGCAGAAAUGCUCGGAAGUCUUUCGGCUCCGUGCCUGAAAUAUACGCGCUGAGUAGUGCCAUGAACUCGGCCUCGGUCUUGGCUUUUGCGUUUGCCGCCUGCUGUCCUUCGUUACGUCCAAGGGACGCAUACAUCUGAAGCUGUUGGGAGAAUAAAUCUGGUUCAUGCUCGUAUCGCUUGGAGGUGCGCGGCGCGUCGGCGGCAACGGAGGACGACGAGGUCAUGUGCAGUGUCGAUGGCCGUUCUACCUGUUUGUUGCCCC